GCCCGCCAGCGCGGCCGAACAUGGCGAGCCCGGCGCCUCCGGAGCACGCCGCGGAGGGAUGCCCGGCCCCGGCUGCCGCGGAGCCGCCCCGGGCUCCCCCCGAGGAGCAGGGAGAGGAGGCGCGGGAGGAAGGGGCGGUGGCGGUCGUCGCGGGGCGACAGGUGGAGGAGGCCGCCGGCGGGGUGGCCGCCGCCGUGACCUGGCUGCUGGGGGAGCCGGUGCUGUGGCUGGGCUGCCGCGCGGACGAGCUCCUGAGCUGGAAGAGGCCGCUGCGCAGCCUGCUCGGCUUCGUCGCGGCCAACCUGCUGUUCUGGUUCCUUGCACUGACUCCAUGGAGAGUGUAUCACCUGAUUUCUGUCAUGAUACUCGGGCGCGUUAUUAUGCAAAUAAUAAAGGAUAUGGUUUUGUCCAGAGCUAGAGGUGCACAGUUGUGGAGAAGCCUCAGUGAAAGCUGGGAAGUUAUCAAUUCCAAACCGGAUGAAAGACCGAGGCUCAGCCACUGUAUUGCAGAAUCAUGGAUGAAUUUCAGCUUAUUUCUUCAAGAAAUGUCUCUUUUUAAACAGCAGAGCCCUGGCAAGUUUUGUCUCCUGGUCUGCAGUGUGUGCACAUUUUUUACGGUCUUGGGAAGUUACAUUCCUGGGGUUAUACUCAGCUAUCUACUGUUAUUGUGUGCAUUUUUGUGUCCACUGUUUAAGUGUAAUGAUAUUGGACAAAAAAUAUACAGCAAAAUCAAGUCAGUUCUGCUGAAACUAGAUUUUGGAAUUGGAGAAUAUAUUAAUCAGAAGAAACGUAAGAGAUCUGAAGCAGAUAAAGAAAAAAGUCACAAAGAUGACAGUGAAUUAGACCUUUCAGCUCUUUGUCCUAAGAUUAGCCUCACGGUUGCUGCUAAAGAGUUGUCUGUGUCUGACACGGAUGUAUCUGAGGUCUCCUGGACUGACAAUGGGACCUUCAACCUUUCAGAAGGAUACACUCCACAGACAGACACUUCUGAUGAUCUCGACCGGCCUAGCGAAGAAGUUUUCUCUCGAGACCUUUCCGAUUUUCCAUCUGUAGAAAAUGGCAUGGGAACAAACGACGAAGAUGAAUUCAGCCUUGGCUUGCCCACUGAGCUCAGGAGAAAAAAGGAGCAGCUGGACAGCGGUCCCAGAGCAAGCAAAGAGAGGCAGUCCGCCGCUGGCCUCACCCUCCCGCUGAGCAGUGACCAAACCUUUCACUUGAUGCGCAACCUGGCCGGGGACGCCAUCACAGCCGCAGUGACGGCUGCCAUCAAAGAGCAGUUAGAGGGCGCCGCGAAGCAAGCACUCUCGCAGGCUGCCCCCAGCCCGGGAGACGACACAGACACUGAAGAAGGUGAUGACUUUGAACUACUUGACCAGUCAGAGCUUGAUCAAAUUGAGAGUGAAUUGGGACUUGCACAAGACCAAGAAGCAGAAGCACAGCAAAGUAAGAAGGCUUCGGGCUUCCUUUCAAAUCUACUCGGAGGAGGCCAUUAGUCUGGGAAUCAACUUGUUCAACACAGCACAGAUAAAACUACCAAAAAAUUAUAAACAAUGCAAAAAAAAAAAGAAAAGAAAAAAGAAAAGGAAAAAAAAUUUUUUUGAACUGUGGGCUUUACUGAUUACUUCAGAUUGUUUUUCUUAUUUUCCCUUCUGCAGUGAAUUAAUUGGAUCUAUAUCAGCUGAUACUGAUAGACUGAUAUUUCCUAUAGUUAUUUUUAUGUAAUAAGCAUGGAAAUGAACUUUGUAUACAUAUAUAUACAUGCUGUGUUAUCAGAGAUGAAUAUUAGAGGUUGUUUUUAAAGCAAAACACCAACUUAUUGAGAUCCUCCUACAAGUAUUCCUUAUUUUUCCUUUACAAUUAAUUUUUCAGGCAUGCAAAAACUUUAUUGUAACUCACUGAAAUAUUAACAAUUCGUUGGUGAAUACAUGCGGUAUCAGCUCCUUUGCUACCGAUACUUGGAAACCGUUAAAAAAUUUUGGUAGAUUCUGAUGUGAAAAACCAAAAAUUAUCAAGGUAUCUUCAGGUGGAGGACUUGGGAAAUAUUAGCAAAAUUAAUUUCUUAGGAAAAAAUUUUAAAAAUAUAUUUAACUACUUUGGAUAGGCUGAUACAUUUCCAUGUUAUUUCUGCAGUUAUAGACUUAGGCUUACCUAUAAAUGGCAUGCUCCGUGGACUACCAGCUCUGGUCUUGCAAAUGGAUGGUAUUAACCCAUCGAAAGCAAGUAAUUAUAUAUCACAUAGACAGUGGUUUUGAUGUAAACAGAGGUUGGGCUGUGUUUUGUUGUUCAACUGUCAUAUAUUUGUACUAGAGAUGUUAUGAAGUGCAGAUAUGUUCUGCCUGCUCCGACCUAAGUGAAACCCUCAUCUUUCAUAUUAUGUCAUAGAAAAAGUCUCUUAAAAUUGUGAAAUUAGUUCCUGAUACGUUCUAUGAGUGGCAUUGUCAUCAGCGGUAGAGAAACAAGAACUGUUUUCGUAGUCUGUCUUAGAGUCUCCUAAAGGAGAGAAAUUUGCUUGGCUUUAAGGUGUAUUUAUUUGCUAUUGAAGUCUAAAUAUGUAACCUGUUUCUCAUUGGGAAGCUAGAAUAUAUUCUUCCUUUAUUUUAAACUUUUUUAGAUCACCUUUAAAUAACCAAAUUUGACUUAGGUUUUUAACAAAACACUUAGCAGAAAUCAAGCUAAUUUUGUUUUUGUGAUACAAACUUUUAAUAUGUUGAGGGACCAUGUCCGCCAACUACCAACAAUCCCUUCAGUCUUCAGGUACAGCCGGCAUUUCUACAGACGCAUGCAGACAUCUGAGACCCUCAGAAAGGAAGGAUAAUCCAAGAAUAUAGGAAAUCUGUGGUCUCUUCCCUUCGUUUUACCCUUUCCUUAUAUUUCUAAAGACUAUAGGUAAUCUUAUGUUUUAAUGUAGCAUCUCUUAUUUAUUUUUUCUUUCUGAGGUAUUAAAAUAGCUAGACUGAAUUUUGCCAAAUGU